AUGAAACUGGUCAUGUAAUGCAAAUUAGAAGAAUCAGCAGCCACCUUUCUCGCUUAUUGUAAAAUUAAAAACAAAAUUAGGGUUUCAAUUGUUAGCUCAGAUUGAAGUAAUUAUUCAUUUCUGUAAUAACUAUUAUGUACAGAACAGCAGCUUCUCGUCUUCGAGCUCUUAAGGGCCAUGCCGGAAAUUUAAGGGCGGCGCGAUAUGCAACUGCUAGUGCAGUUGCUUCAAGGACAUCCUCCUCGCCCGGUUUCUUCAGUUGGCUGACUGGUGAAAAAUCGAGCUCUCUGCCUUCUUUGAGCUCGCCGCUAGUAGAUGUUACUCUCCCUCCUGUAUUGCCUGAUUAUGUUGAACCGAGCAAGGUUAAGUCAAAAACACUCGAAAAUGGCAUGAGAAUUGUUUCUGAAGCAACGCCGAAUCCUGCAGCCUUUAUUGGUAUGUAUGUCGAUUGUGGUUCUAUCUAUGAAACACCCGUAUCAUGUGGGGCUACACACUUGCUUGAACGUAUGGCAUUCAAGAGUACUAGGAAUAGGAGUCACUUGCGGAUUGUGAGGGAAGUAGAGGCAAUUGGAGGUAAUAUUGGUGCUUCAGCCUCUCGGGAACAGAUGGCAUACACUUUUGAUGCUCUUAGGACCCAUGUUCCUGAAAUGGUAGAAUUGAUUAUCGACUGCGUGAGAAAUCCUGUCUUCCUAGAUUGGGAAGUUAGUGAAGAGCUUGAAAAAUUGAAACAUGAAGUUGGACAACUCUCUAAUAAUCCCCAAGGCUUACUUUUGGAAGCAAUUCAUUCUGCUGGUUACAGUGGGGCAUUGGCAAAUCCUUUGGUUGCUCCUGAAUCAGCCCUAAAUAGAAUAGAUGGUUCUAUUUUGGAGGAAUUUGUAUCUAAGCAUUAUACAGCUCCUCGAAUGGUUCUUGCAGCUUCUGGUGUUGAGUUUGAGGAGCUUAUAUCUAUUGCGGAGCCACUUCUUUCUGAUCUCCCACAUGUCCAAUUACCUGAAGCACCACAAUCUGUGUAUGUUGGUGGGGAUUAUCGCCGUCAAUCUGAUUCACCGAUGACACAUAUUGCUCUUGCUUUUGAAGUUCCCGGAGGCUGGCUUAAUGAUAAAGAAGCUGUAGUUUUGACUGUUCUUCAGAUGCUUAUGGGAGGUGGUGGCUCAUUCUCUGCAGGGGGGCCUGGGAAAGGGAUGCAUUCACGAUUAUAUCUCCGAGCCUUAAAUGAGUAUCAAGAGCUUCAUUCCUUCUCUGCUUUCAACAGUAUUUUCAAUAAUACCGGAUUGUUUGGCAUAUAUGCUAGCACUACGUCGGAUUUUGCACCAAAAGCAGUUGACAUAGCUGCGGGAGAACUCCUUGCAAUUGCCGCACCUGGACAAGUUUCCAAGUUACAACUUGCUCGUGCCAAAGAGUCCACAAAAUCUGCUGUUCUGAUGAAUCUAGAAUCUCGAAUGGUUGUGGCAGAAGAUAUCGGGAGACAAUAUUUGACCUAUGGUGAAAGGAAACCUGUUGAGCAUUUCUUAAAGGUGGUGGAAGAAAUCACACCUAAUGACAUUACUAAGAUCGCCCAAAAGAUUAUUUCUUCGCCUCUAUCAAUGGCGUCUUAUGGUGAUGUUAUGAACGUCCCAAGCUACGAGUCUGUCAGCAGGAAGUUCCAUGCAUGAAGUUCAAGGAUGAGGCACUGAGUUUGAGUUUUACUGUGCCAUCAUCACGGAUUGAUCCCGUGUCUAAGCCAAGUCCGACUAUUUCCUUCGGUUUUCUUGCGUUGAAAUAAAAACAAAACUGAGGAAGAAGUUUUCCUAUAGAUAGAUAGGAUAAUAUCCAUGCAAUUAGCUCCAACACUUUGAUUCUUUCGGAUUUGCACCAUCACUAUUUUGGAACAUGCAUGGAUCACAAUUUUGCUUUGUAACAUGAUAAAAGAAAUUGGUGGUUCAUGUUAAUAAUGUUACUUGUACUAUAAAUAGUUAAAUACAUGUCCAUUGAACAAUUGACUAA